AUGGUAAUUGCUCAAAUUUUAGAAAUAAAUGAUUUGGACAUUAUGAAAUUUUGUCCUGCUCUUAUGAGAUUUGUAAAUGAUGAUGAAAUUAAAGAAGAAAUGGAACAAGAUUUUUGUAAAAUGUUUGAUCCAGUAAUAGAAAAAAUCAUUUGUUUAAUUCAUAAUCAAUUGGCAUCUUCAAAAGAAGAAUCUCCAUAUCUUGUCUCAAUAAAAAAAACUUUCAAUUCGCAG